CGUGUCAGCGCGUGGGUGGGAAAGGAUAACAGAAAAAGAGCCGAGCCUCGACAGAAACAGUACACUAUAGCGAGUAAGCUGCAUCAUUGAGCUUGCUAUCAAUUAGCAUGCGCGGAUCCAUAGUUGGUAGUAGCUGCGGUGCAUGCAAUUUGGCCCAGUCAUGCAUGCCACGCCCACCUGUAUCAUAUCAGGCCUUAAAUACGCUUCGCCAACCGGGCGCAACCACAACCAACUCUCUCUCUCCCAGUGCACGCACACUGGCACGAUUAUUGUUGCACAUUUCCCUCUGCCUCUCCACACGCUCAGUGGCGAGCGAGCUAUCUGGCUGAACGAAACACAGAGCUCCCAAGGUAUUAGAUGAGGAGCAUGCUGCACUCCUCAUUGGGAAUCCUCCUGCCGGCGCUGCUCCUGGUGCUGGCCACGUCGCCGCCGGCGGCGCCGCUGUCGCCGGACGGGGUCGCGCUGCUGGCCUUCAAGUCCGCGGUGACCGACGACCCGACGUCGGCGCUGUCCGCGUGGUCGGCCAACGACACGGACCCGUGCCGCUGGCCGGGGGUGGCCUGCGUCAACACCUCCUCCUCCGAGGCGCGCGUGGCCGGCGUGGCCGUCGCGGGGAAGAACCUCUCCGGCCACCUCCCGCCCGAGCUCGGCUCGCUCUCCUUGCUCCGCCGGCUCAACCUCCACGGCAACCGGCUCUCCGGCGCCGUCCCGCCGGCGCUCUCCAACGCCACGUCCCUGCGCUCCGUCUUCCUCUACGACAACAACCUCACCGGCGCCUUCCCGGCCUCGCUCUGCGACCUCCCGCGCCUGCAGAACCUCGACCUCUCCAAGAACGCGCUCGCCGGCCCGCUCCCGCCGGCGCUCGGGCGCUGCAGGCAGCUGCAGCGGCUGCUCCUUGCAAACAAUGGGUUCUCCGGUCGCAUACCGGCCGCCGCCUUGCCGCACAUGGAGAGCCUGCAGCUGCUCGACCUGUCGUCCAACUCCCUCACGGGCGCCAUCCCGCCUGAGCUCGGCAAGCUCCAGGCGCUGGCCGGCACGCUGAACGUCUCCCGCAACCGCCUCUCCGGCGCGGUGCCGCCGGAGCUAGGACGUCUCCCGGCGACCGUCACCCUCGACCUCCGCUUCAACAACCUCUCCGGCGAGAUCCCGCAGUCCGGGUCCCUCGCCAGCCAGGGCCCCACGGCCUUCCUCAACAACCCCGGGCUCUGCGGCUUCCCGCUCCAGGUCCCCUGCCGCGCGGCCCCGCCGUCGGCAUCGUCCUCCACGCCGCCUCCGACCACCACUGGCUCCGGCGGCAGCGCCGGCGGCCCUAGCCAGCCGAUGAAGACCAGCCUCAUCGUGCUCAUCUCAGUCGCCGACGCGGCCGGCGUGGCCCUCAUCGGAGUCAUCGUGGUGUACAUAUACUGGAAGCUGCGCGACCGGCGCGGGGACAGCGACGGCGACGAUGAGGAGGAGGAGGGGCGAGGGCUCUUCGCCUGCCCGUGCAUGCGCGCAAACACCUGCGGCGACUCGUCGGAAGGGUCGGACGCCGGGGGCGACGAGAAGAAACGCGGCGGCGGGGGCGGAGGCGGAGGCGGCGAGGACGGGGAGCUGGUGGCGAUCGACAAGGGGUUCCGGAUGGAGCUGGACGAGCUGCUGCGGUCGUCGGCGUACGUGCUGGGGAAGGGCGGGAAGGGGAUCGUGUACAAGGUGGUGGUGGGCAACGGGACGACGCCGGUGGCCGUGCGGCGGCUGGGCGGCGGCACCGCGGCGCCGGAGCGGUACAAGGAGUUCGCGGCGGAGGCCGGCGCCGUCGGGCGCGUGCGGCACGCCAACGUGGUGCGGCUGCGCGCCUACUACUGGUCGCCCGACGAGAAGCUCGUCGUCACCGACUUCAUCAACAACGGCAACCUCGCCUCCGCCCUGCGCGGGCGCUCCGGGCAGCCGAGCCUGUCGUGGUCGCUGCGGCUCCGCAUCGCCAAGGGCGCGGCGCGCGGGCUGGCGCACCUCCACGAGUGCAGCCCCCGGCGGUACGUCCACGGCGAGGUCAAGCCUUCCAACAUCCUCCUCGACGCCGACUACAACGCCCUCGUCUCCGACUUCGGCCUCGCCCGCCUCCUCACCAUCGCCGGAUGCGCCGACUCUGCGGGCGCCGGCGCCGGCGGCAUAAUGGGCUGCGCUCUCCCGUACGUCAAGCCCCCCGUGCCGGACCGGCCCAACGCGUACCGCGCCCCGGAGGCUCGCGUGCCCGGCUCCCCCCCGAGCCAGAAGUCCGACGUCUACUCCUUCGGCGUCCUGCUGCUGGAGCUGCUCACCGGGCGCUCGCCCGAGCAGGCGUCGCCCUCCGGCUCCUCGGCGUCCUUCUCGGGGCCUGGCGCUGGCGCCGCCGAGGGGCAGCAGGCGCCGGAGAUCGUGAGGUGGGUGCGGCAGGGGUUCGAGGAUGCGCGGCCGCUGUCGGAGCUGGCCGACGAAGCGAUGCUGCGGGACGCCGGCGCGCGCAAGGAGGUGGUGGCCGCGUUCCACGUCGCGCUUGGGUGCGUCGAGGCCGACCUGGAGCGGCGGCCGCGGAUGAAGGCCGUUGCCGACAGCCUCGACAAGAUUGGGUCGUGAGAACAGGGCGCCCCUCUUUGCCGCCCGUUGUCAGUUGUCAGAACUGGUUCGCCGGAGAACGUCUCAUUUUCUUUGCACUUACUUAAUUUUUCGUAUUAUGUAUAUCAUUUUUAGGAACCUUUGUGUAAAUUUUUCCUUUUUCUUUGGGUCUUCUCCGUUCUCUGAAAUUAUUUUGAAUGUUAUAGCAACUUA